UUCAGAAUCGGCCCCUUAUCCUCUCUGUCGUUCUCUCUCUUUCCUUUUUGAGAGAACCCUCCUCUCUCUCUCUCUCUCUCUCUCCCUCUCUCUAAUUUGAGACAACCCUAGAAUGCUGAAACGGCCAUAGAAAUAAAAUUUAGGUAAGGAAAUUAAAAACCCAUCUCAGGGAACUCAGGUUUUCCCAUUUUCCAUAAACCACAAGAGCGAAAACCAGACAAAGAGUGGUAAUGGAGAACAACCAGCAGCAAGCUCAGUCCUCUGCAUAUCCAACAACACAACCCCCAUUUCAUCAUCUCCUACAACAGCAACAGCAGCAACUUCAGAUGUUCUGGACAUACCAACGUCAAGAGAUCGAACAAGUGAAUGAUUUUAAGAAUCAUCAGCUUCCCUUAGCCCGAAUCAAGAAGAUCAUGAAAGCCGAUGAGGACGUUCGCAUGAUCUCUGCUGAAGCUCCAAUCCUCUUUGCCAAGGCCUGUGAGCUUUUUAUUCUUGAGCUCACAAUCCGUUCAUGGCUUCACGCAGAGGAGAAUAAGCGUAGAACAUUGCAGAAGAAUGACAUCGCUGCGGCCAUUACUCGUACGGAUAUCUUUGAUUUCUUGGUUGAUAUUGUUCCUAGGGAUGAGAUCAAGGAUGAGGCAGGGCUGGGAAUUGCUGGGAGUACCACCAGUGGGGUGCCUUACUGUUACCCUCCGAUGGGUCAGGCAGCACCGGGCGUUAUGAUUGGCCGUCCGGCAUUACCCGGAAUUGAUCCCAGUGUGUAUGCUCAGCCACCAUCGCAGGCAUGGCAGUCGGUGUGGCAGUCAGCUGAAGAUGGAUCAUAUGGGAGCGGUGGUAGCAGCGGACAGGCUAAUUUGGACGGGCAGGGCGGAGCCUUCUCUAGAAUCUCUGGAGCAUUCCGAUCAUCUCUGCAGCAAGGGUUCAGAUCUCAGCCUCUGCCAGGCAUUUUGAUCCUCCGAUUCCAAUCUUCCGCUGUCCUGUGAGUAAUCUGUGCAUCUGUGAACAGUCCUUGUUCAGUUCUGCUGCAAUCUAUGCCUUGUGAAUACCAAUCUGCAAAGGAAAGAUCAGCUGAAGGGAUGGAAAUUGUAGCUGUUCGACAAGGACUGCAGCGAAUCUGACUGUUUGCAGGUGUUUCAAUUCGUCAACAACAUUGAAAGAUUGCCAUGGUGUCUAUUUGCUACUUUAUAUGAAAUUAAAAAAUUGCUAAUAGUUUUAGCAGUGAACACAACCUAUUUAUUAGCAGUGCAUAUUUUGUUUAUUUUCAUCUAAGAACAGCUAAUUAGGAAGCUAUUAAGUAACUAAACUAUCAGAGCUAACUGAUGUACAAUCUGUUAUUUACUAUAUAAACGAUGAAUGCAACGCGUUA